AUGUCUUAUAAUCCUAAUUUUUAUAAUAAUUUUUGCGGAAACAAUUCUACAUUCCAAAGUUUGCCACCUAAUUAUGUGCCACCUCCUCCGCAACCACCUGCAUACUUCAUACCUGCCUCCACUCCUGCUGCCAAACGAGAGAAGCAAGAUCAGGAGUUCCUAAAAACCUUUGAGAAGAGGAUUCCAGUUAGAGAGCUCACUCAGAUUAAUGUAAAACCGCUGUCAAUAUCUGAAGUUCGGGAAAAGAUACGCAAAAUGGUUAUCACUGUAAAUGAAUUGAAGGCUAAAGAGAAAAUGCUUAGCAAAAACAUAAGUACAUUGUCUGAAGAUGAGUGGAGAUCUAACAUGAAAGAAGUGGAGGAAAACCAAGCUCUGAUUAAUAAAACCCUGACUAUACUCAAUGGUCCGUACUUAGACUUACUACGGAAGCUUCUAGCGAAGAGGGCAGCCAAGAGAUUGCGUCUAAGGAAAGCUAACAUGGACAGGAAGAGAGAGAAGGAAGAAAGAAUGAAAGAGAUGAAAGAGCGGUCUCGGAAGAUUGAUGAGAACUUGCAGAAAAUCAAAGAUGACAUCAAUAAAGCUAAGCAGGAAGCUGAACAGAAACUGCAAGCUGAUAUGGUUUUAAAAGAAGUUCUCCGCAAGAAGAGUGAUGCCAAGAAAUGUCUGACUAAACUGGAUGCUCUCGUGAAACUGCGCAAGGCUAGACAAAACACUGCCGCGGGGAGGGGUGAGAGUGUGUCGGAGAGUGAUGAGGCUGCCUUCCUCUCGCAUAUUGAAAAACUAAAAUCACUUUGGGAACGUAAGCUUGUACUGUACGAGAAGGAAGAGGUGGAACUGCGUGCUCAGCUAGACGAGGACUCGGAGAGGCAAUACUCCAUGUUGGCAGAGGCAGAACAACAUGUCGCCACCAACCUCAACCUCUGGAGGACGGCACUCUUUGGAGGGAAGCUGCCACAGGUCGAUUUUGCAGGCGACGUCGCUAAGUUUAUUGCAGUCAGAUCACAGUGGGAUCGCUACAUCAGCAAGGAAGGAACUCGCCUGCCUGUCGGCUGGGUCCCUCCGUCCACGAGACCUGCGUGAAUUUGUGCACGUUUGUUCCAACACUACAGUAUUUGGAUGUAAUCUAAUAUUUAUUUGCAUGUUAUAUAUGUGGCCUUAAUUGCAAAGCUUUUUAUUACAAAUAAAGAAUGCAUUUACUAUUCAAU